AUGUCUCAGUGGUUUCAUAGAAAUCCAUACAAAGCUUCUGGUCGUCCAAAUUUUGAUCUGGGGCCAAUUGCUACCAGUAUUUCCGCGCGGAUGAUCUGCAGCCAUAUGAGAGAACGACGUCAAACGUUGAUGAAAAUGUUUGAGGACCUUGGUAACUCUCGAGAGGCAAUGAUAGAGGCAACGAAUCAGUACAUUUCCCUCCUCGUGGGUCUCGCUACGGCGCCUGAUUCAAACAACGAAUUGGACUUAGAAGAUAAUGAGGAUGAUGGCGAAGAUAGCAAUGCCUCAGAAGCCCCUGAGCCUGAUGCCGGUAAUGUCACUGAAAAAACUAAGAAGGAUAAGGAGGGGAAGAAGAAAAAGGAGAAGAAGUCUGAGAAGCCUCAACCAUCGGAAUCAGAACAAAAGAAGGUACACUCACUACGGCGCCUCAUUCCAUUCACUUGGACAAACUCACUAGACAUUAAACACAAAUCCCCGAUGACUCUGCGUGACGCCAACUUCGAACUAAUUGGAAUUCUCUUCAAUCUGGCUCUUUGGUUCUCCAAACAUGCUGCCAAGAUCGCGUCGAACAACAACAUUGAAAUGGAGCAAGCAGUGGAGGUGUAUAAAUCCUUACGAAACGCAGCCGGGCUGUUCGAGCAUAUCAAGAAAGAUCUCUUGAGCAAAAUGAAAGGUAAAGUGGAAAGCGGAUCAGACUUGGACCCAUGUAUCCUCGAAGCUUAUGUCUUACAGAGUCUGGCGGAGGCGCAAGAAGUUACUAUUGCUCGUGCUAUGGAGUUGAAACAUGAUCCCGGGAUUAUUGCCCCGUUGGCGUGUGAAACUGCGAUUUUGUACGAAAAGUGUAGAUUUGGACUGCAAAAUAUUUCCGAGUCUCUGGUUGCAAAGUGGCGGGCUUACUGCAUCUUCAAAACUGCCUGUUUUCGUGCCUACGCUCACUGCUUCUACUCCGAGAGCGAGCUGAAAGCUGAUCGUUGCAGCAUGGCCAUAGCUUCUGCCCAGGAGGCCCUCAAAUACUGCACACAGGCGCAGAACGCCGCUAAGGUCUACCGCUCCGGUUCGGGCGCCGAGUUCUGUUUCAUCCGCCGUCUGCAGCCCUACGCUCAACGCACUCUCGCCAAGGCGCAAACCGAGAAUGCCAUGAUCUACCACCAGAAGGUGCUAGCCACUAUGCCACAUCUGCAGUUGAAGGCGAGCUUCGGUAUUGCCACACCGGAACUGCCCCAGGGCUUGAAUUUCACCAUCGAUGAAUUGUGGCAAGAGGCAGUGCCUGGAUUCGAUCCUUCAAAGGUGGCCAAGUGGAUAAUGCAGAAGGACUACAACUCGAAUCAGAAGGAGGCAGAAAAGUUGCGCUCGAUUCCGGAGGCUCCUAUCUAUCAGGGCGACAAGGAUCCAAACAAUGCAAGUGGAUGCAUUCUAUCGUAA